UGACCAUCAAUCAACCGCUCCGCUAUCAUGCUAAUUAAGUAAUUAUUAAAAUUAUUCAAGUAACAAACAUUGUUGAAUCUAGAGAGCAAAGGUGAGUUACACACCAUAAGCUAAGCUUCACCAAGAAACAAUUAGGUCUCUGCCAUUAAAAUGAGUAAUGAAAAAAAAAAAAAUUUGGUUUGCUGGACCUGGUCGAGACAAGACAACUCACUCACCAGCUGUUUUACUUUUACUGUUUUACAAUCCUCAUUCCUCAGUUCCUCACGUCAUUAAUAUUCAUUAAGCAAAUGCAAAAGUGGAAAACAAAUACAGAUUACAGAGUGAACUGUGAAGGGACGGUGAGCAGCCCACAUGUCUAAUUUACAUGGCCAGUACAGACACCGGAGAAGGGACGUUAACCGGGAGAAGAUUACCUCUAAAGUUGACGGAGAGCCGGAGAAGGGACGGCGACGGUCUGACGGAGUUCAACGGACAGCGGAGCGGCGAUUGGAGAAACUUGCCGGCUGCUUCGAUGGGGUUCGAGUUCGACGGCUGGCUUCGACCAACGACGAUGAACAGGGUUCGACGGCUGGCUUCGACGGGGUUCGAGUUCGACUGCAGGCUUCGACCAACGACGAUGAACAGGGUUCGACGGCUGGCUUCGACGGGGUUCGAGUUUGACGGCUGGCUUCGACCAACGACGAUGAACGGAGGAGGAGGGAUCGGCGGUCGUUGACUCGAGGUUUGAUUGGGAUUUGGCUGGCUGGCUUAGAUCGUUAGGGAAUUAGCAAUUAGGGCUUUUUAGUUUUUAGGGUGGGUGAUUUACGGUGAAAAUCAAUUAUGAGUUUAUGA